AAUUAUAAACAUAACCUAAGUUUUGUUGUUUUGUAUACAUUUCGUUACCAUCGUUACGUUUGUUCAUGUUACGUUUAAAAAUAAGUGAAUCCUACAGUGUAAGAAUAAUUGUUUUACAUAGAAUCGUUUCUAUCUGGUGCAAUUCUAACUUUUGCAAUAUGUGUUUGAUGCAUGUGUUUUUAGCUAUGUGGAGUUAGCGGAAGUUCUAGCAGACAGUGGUUAACAAUACCCUUCCGAGGCAAAAAUCUAUCAGUACUCAGCUAUAAUCAAAACUACACUCGCCCUAACUGAUCACAGUACAAGUGCAUCUAGCAAGUGGGACCAAAUAAUGGACGAGCAAGAUUUAAAAGCUCUCAUUUUUUAUUACUGCAGAGAGAAAUAUUACAAUUGCAUGUUAGGCGCCUGCCAAGACGGGAUUGCCAAAUUUAGGGGUGAUGUAGCUUUCAAUUUUUAUAAUUGCGUAGCUUUAAUGCUAUGCCAGCAAUUUGAACAGAGCGUUCGAGAACUGGACUGCUUAAAAUCAGAGAACGACUUUCGCUUAUCAGUGGUUCAUGCGUACAUGCAGGUCUAUAAAUUGACUGGAGCGACAUCGAACGAUAAAUACGUCAAAUUACAAAAGCGCGUACAAGAUUACAAAGUUUCGGCAACCUUUAUUGAUUUGUAUUAUGUGGCGUUUGUGUUGUUUGCAUUUAAACGGUACGAAGAUGCCCAUGAGUACAUUCUGAGUGCUUUAGUUAUUGAACCGUCCAAUGCUGAACUGUUGGCACUUCAGGGAUGGAUUCAGCUGUAUUUACUUAAAACAAAUCCGCUCUCUGAGUUCCAAACAUCACAAGUGUUUGAAAUGUCACUGAAAGACAAUGGUAAAAAUUUCAGUAGCUCAUUGGGAAUUGUUGAAAGUUACAUGCACGAGCAAAAUUAUGACGAAGCUGUAGCAGUAUUAAACAAGGUGGUUGUUCGAUUUCCAUCGACACCUCUGGCCUUACUACUCAAGAUGAAAUUAAAUUUUGCCUUACAAAAUUGGGAUCAGUGCGUAGACGUAAUUAAACGCAUAUCAAUUUCAGAACCAGAUAACGUAGACGUAUUGAGAAUAAAAGUUUUAAUGCUAAUUUGCAAUGAUGGGAAAUACGAAGAAGCCUCAAAUUACAUACAACAGUGCCGCGAAAGAUUAUAUAAGAUUGAGCCUCUCAAUGGAGAUCUACUAGUGGAGAAUGCACAAUUAUUUUCUAGAGUUUGCGAAAGGAAUCACUUGGUCCUUUCUGAAACAUACAAAAUGGUUGAGAAGGCACUAGAAAUCUCCAUAAAUAAUGUAAAUUAUAUGGCCGAAUUGGCAUACCAUUCCAUGCUUUUGGGCAAUUUAAGUGAUGCAGUUAGACUGUAUAAGUCUGCAAUGAAAUUAGAUGAUUCGGAUUUGCAGGUUUUGAUAGGAAUGUCAUUUUGUGAGCUGCUCGAGUAUGGACCAAAUGAGCAUGUUAAACACCAAGUGAAUUUUUUAGUUGAACUUGAUGAAUCAUCUCAGUACCCAAAGUUGCUAUUUUUAAAAGCGAAAAUAUCAACACGGGAAUCGUCUUUGCAAAGUUUGUGCGAAAUAUGCGAACAGCACUUACAUUUUCUUGGUAGGCUGCCGUACGGUACAGAGUAUCUACUGACUUUAGAUGCAGACUUUAUGUUGCAAGUGUGUAAAGAAUUGCUGUUACACUUGCCACAAGCGCCUGCAUUAAUUACAAAAGAGAAGCAUUUACAGAAACCAGGCCCUAUUGCAAAAAAGGUGGAAACUGUUUUGAAUGUCAUUGUAAAGGCAUGUCCGUCCAUCCAAGAGACUAAGUAUUUGCUAUCAACCGUACAGUUUUUAAAUGGGGACGCCACAAAGGCUAAAGCCAACUUGGAGCAAAUUUUACAGAAUCCGAAUUCCAAUUUUACAAACUGUUACUUACUCAUGGCCCAAAUACAGUUGUAUAUUGGCCAAUUUGAAAGAGCGUCACAAAGUUUAGAAUUAGGACUUAGUCAUAACUUCGCGGUACGAGAGAACCCUCUCUAUCAUUUUAUCAUGGGCAUAAUAGAAAAAAAUCGUAACAACCAAGAUGAAGCUAUCAAAUGCUUUAAAGUUGCCUUAGAGCUUUCAAAUUCCCAACCUAGUAUCCUAUCAACUGCUUCUUCCCUUUCACUCUAUGACAAAGCGACCAUUUACUUGGAACUGAUCGAUUCCCAUAUGCAAGCCGGUCAAUUACAUGAAGCGACUAAGCUCACUGAGUCUGCAGUGGACGAGUUUCGAGGCACAUCUGAAGAGGCACGCAUUGUUAUUUUAAAUGCAGAUCAGGCCAUUGAGAAGCACGAAAUUCAACAUGCAAUCGAUAUGCUGACUAGAGUUAAACGGAACGAGUCGUAUUAUUUACAGGCGAAGCAAAAAUUGGCGAAUAUUCUUUUGGAAUAUCGUAAAGAUACUAAGGCAUACUUACAGUGCUAUUUAGAUAUGGUCGAAGUGGAUCGUGGACCUGAAAGCUGCAUCCUUUUGGCAGAUGCUUAUUUACAUGUCUUAGAGGUUGAUAAAGCUUUGGAAACAUACGAAAAAGCCGUUAGAAUGAAUCCAACUGAUCCCGCCUUGUGUUCUAAAAUGGGUAAAGCGUUUGUAGAGACUCAUUAUUUUGCAAAGGCCGUGUCUUACUAUCAGGAGGCUAUAAAGCUCACCGAUGAUAUGGAAUUAAAGUUACAGUUAGCAGAUUUAUAUAUGAGGUUACCAAACAAUAAUGACAAUGCAGAAAUGUUUAUAACUGCAGAAUUUGAAAAAGAAGACACUAAAUUGGAAGAAGAUUUAUCUACGUUACAAUAUAAAGCUAAGCUACUCGUGAUGUUAUCAGAAAUAUAUAGAAAAAAGGGGAAUCUGUUAGGCGCCCAAAAAAUGUUGAGGAAUGCGAAGGAUUAUCAAAGUCGUGUUUUGAAACGAAUGUCUCUGGAUCACAUUGAUGUUGCCCACGGAGAACAGAAUGUUCUAAAAGACAUUUGUAUGCAACUAUCAGAAAUAUCAGUUAACUUAAAAGAUAAUGAGGGAGGAAUCGCAUUGUUAAAAGAAGCAAUCUCAAUUUUUCCAAAUGAUUUAUCUAUUUUACAAUCUUUGGCACAGUUGUAUAUUCAGAUUAAUAACUUGGAACUCUGCCAGCAAACCUGUGCGAUGAUAUCCAAACUUGAUCCUGACAAUGAAGAAGCAUCCGUGAUGUUAGCAGAUAUUGCCUUCCGAAAGAUCGAUUUUGAUAUGUCGUCUUUCCAUUUUACACAUUUACUCAGUAAACAGCCAACAAACUGGAAGGCGUUGGUACGAUUCAUCGAGGUAAUGCGACGUACUGGAGAACUUGAAGAAGUCGUUCCUUAUCUACAACAAGCGGAAGCUGCAAUGAAUAAAUCCGUGAAAAAUCCAGGUUUUUCUUUUGCAACUGCAAUGUAUCAGUGGUAUUCGGGAAACCUUAAUGCCGCACUUCGUAAUUUUAACAAUGCCAGACUCGAUCCAGAGUGGGGUAAGCGUGCAAUAUGUAGCAUGAUUGAGAUAUGUUUAAAUCCGGAAGACGAAAUAUUGGGAGAACAGUUUUUUGACAUUGAUGACAGUGACUAUAGAGAUUCCAGGAGUAUGGCUCUUAAAACUGCUGAGAGAUUAUUGAAAGAAUUAAAGCAGCGAAAUACUGGGCUGGACGAAGAAAAUUUGAAACAUAGGCUUUUAGGGAAUUUCUUGUUAUUAGCAACUAAAGAAAAGGCAAAUGUAGAAAAGGCCUUGGAAGAUUUUACAAGUUUGGCGUCCAAUGAUAUUUUAUAUAGAGAGGAGAUUGGCCCUAUACUUGGCAUGGCGACAGCCCACACAAUGCUGAAACAGGCGCAAAGAGCCAAAAAUCAACUGAAGCGCGUUGUGAAGUCAGUGUGGAAUUUUGAGGAUGCCGAAUAUUUGGAACGCUGUUGGUUACUUUUAGCGGAUUUUUACAUUCAGGCGUCCAAGUUUGACUCCGCCAAAGAUUUGUUGCAAAGAACUUUGCAGCAUAAUAAAGCGUGCACAAAGGCUUAUGAAUUUUUAGGAUUCAUUGCAGAAAAGGAGCAAUCUUAUAAGGAUGCUUGUAAUUACUACGAUAACGCGUGGAAGUACUCUGGGAGAGCAAAUCCUUCCAUAGGUUAUAAGUUGGCUUUUAAUUUUAUGAAGUCAAAGCGUUACGCAGAAGCGAUUGACACUUCACAACAAGUUUUAAAGAUUCAUCCUGAUUAUCCAAGAAUUCGGAAAGACAUUUUAGACAAAUCUUUGACUCAUUUGAGAACUUAAUAAUGAUACUUUGUAGUGCUAUUUAUUCCGUCCAUUAGGUAAUUGUUUUUAAGUGCACAAGUAUGUUAAUAAAAUCAAUCAAUAAAAUUUGCGCAGUUUA